CAAAAUAUAAUAAUUAUAAAAUGACUACCUGGGUAACUAAUUUCAUUUUCAAAAAGGCAGCAAUUGGGCUGAAGGCCAAACAACAUUUCACCAUCAGCAGGUAUCUCGGAGUGAAGGGAGCCCAGAAGCAUCUCCUGCAAGAUAUUGAGGGCAAAGAAUUCAGACAAUUGUUUUCAUAUACUUCUCUACAUGAUGAUCAUGUUGCUGAUGACAUUCUUGUUAAGGCUGAAGCCAGAGCUCGUGGCAACUACCAAAAAGGAGAUAUCGACCUUGCAGCUUAUCUCAGAAUCACUGAAAAGAUUAAAGAUCUCAAGAAACAAAGGUUCGCUGAAAAUUACGAUGGAGAAAAGGUCAGCACAAUCGUUGGAGGUACCAGACAGAGAGAAUUUAACAAUUUGCUCAACCAACUUGAUAAGAAUGAGAGAGGAGAAAUUGCUCAUAAAUUAUGGAGAACUAGAAAAGAGACUGACCCAGCUGCUCGUGGACCUGUUGGCUACAGAUAA